UAGGGGCUGGCUAGCCGCCAUCUUGAUUCUUUUUCUCGCUCGCUCUCACCCUCACAAGAGGUAGCGAAAGUGCUUUGGCGGUUUGUACGGCCGUGGCUUGGGCUUUCCGGACCGAGCGGCCCUGCGGACGAUCUCUCGAGGCUCUUUCCCCUCCCCUGCCCCUGAUCCAUACCGGGCGAGCCCCUGGAAGCGCGCAGACUUGGUUCUCACCCUGGCGGACUACUUUUAAGGGGUGUGGCAGGAGGUUUUGGACUAGAUGAGUUUCCACCGAAAUGUCGGAGAAGUCAGGCCAGAGCACAAAAGCAAAGGAUGGGAAGAAGUAUGCGACACUCAGUUUGUUUAAUACUUACAAAGGCAAGUCCUUGGAAACCCAGAAGACUACAGUUGCAGCUCGACAUGGGUUGCAAAGUCUUGGAAAAGUUGGUAUUUCACGGCGGAUGCCCCCACCUGCUAACCUCCCAAGUCUCAAAGCGGAAAACAAAGGCAAUGAUCCUAAUGUGAAUAUUGUGCCUAAAGAUGGUACAGGAUGGGCAUCGAAACAAGAGCAACAUGAAGAAGAAAAAGCACCAGAAGUGUCACCAGCACAGCCCAAAGCUGGGGUCGCAGCUCCCCCAGAAGUAGCACCUGCUCCCAAGUCAUGGGCCAGUAACAAGCAAGGUGGGCAAGGAGAUGGAAUCCAAGUGAAUAGUCAAUUUCAGCAGGAAUUUCCCAGUCUGCAGGCAGCUGGAGAUCAGGAAAAAAAAGAAAAGGAAGCAAAUGAUGAAAACUAUGGACCUGGACCCAGUUUACGCCCACCAAAUGUUGCUUGCUGGAGAGAUGGUGGUAAGUCUGCUGGGUCACCUUCCUCUGAUCAGGAUGAAAAGCAACUUGGCCAGGAUGAAAGCACGUCUAUAACAUCAGAACAAAAUGAUAUUCUCAAAGUGGUGGAAAAGAGGAUAGCUUGUGGUCCUCCACAGGCCAAACUGAAUGGACAGCAGCCUGCGCUUGCUUCUCAGUAUAGAGCUAUGAUGCCUCCAUAUAUGUUUCAGCAAUACCCAAGGAUGGCAUAUCCUCCUCUACAUGGUCCCAUGAGGUUCCCACCUUCUUUAUCAGAAACAAACAAAGGUCUUCGGGGAAGAGGCCCUCCUCCUUCGUGGGCUUCCGAGCCGGAACGCCCAUCCAUCCUUAGUGCAUCAGAACUGAAGGAGCUUGAUAAGUUUGAUAACCUAGAUGCUGAAGCUGAUGAAGGUUGGGCAGGUGCUCAGAUGGAAGUAGACUAUACAGAACAGUUGAAUUUCAGUGAUGAUGACGAGCAAGGAAGUAGUAGUCCUAAAGAGAACAGCAGUGAGGAUCAAACUUCAAAAACACCCGAAAGCACAGAGAACCGAAAAGAAGUAGAUGAAGCUCCUAGCGCCAAAUCACCUCAGAUCCUCACUCAGCCCCCGGCCACAAGAAGUCCUUAUGGGAAGGGGCCACCAGCUAAUCAGUCUUUACAGGAACGUGGCCCAUCAUCACAUUUGCCACCACCUCCCAAGUUGCUUGCACAACAGCAUCCCCCACCUCCGGAUCGACAAAUACCUGGAAGACAAGGCCCCUUUCCCUCCAAGCCUCCAGUACCUGAUAAUGAUGAAAUAUGGAAGCAGAGACGAAAACAGCAGUCUGAAAUAUCUGCAGCAGUGGAGCGUGCUCGUAAACGCCGUGAGGAGGAAGAACGAAGGAUGGAGGAACAGAGGAAGGCAGCGUGCGCAGAGAAAUUGAAACAGCUGGAUGAGAAGCUUGGGAUCAUAGAAAAGCAACCAUCCCCAGAGGAACUUAGAGAAAGGGAGAGAGAGAGGGAGCGGGAGCGGGAGAAAGAACUUGAAAAAGAAAAAGAACAGGAACGGGAGAGGGAGAGGGAGCUUGAGAAAGAGCAGGAAAAGCAGAGAGAAAUGGAGAGGGCAAGACAGCAAGAGAAAGAGUUAGAACAACAGAGAGAAAAGGAACAGGAACUACAAAGGCUAAGAGAACAGGAAAAAGAGGGUGAGCUGAAGGAAAAGGAAAAAGUCGAACCCCAAGAGCCUGUUGUAGAGCCUGCGACAGAAAACCAAGAAAGUGAAAACAACUGUAAGAAAGAAGAAGAACCAGUUUUCACUAGGCAGGACAGCAAUCGCAGUGAAAAGGAGGCCACACAGGUGGUACAAGAAGCAGAACCCGAGUCAGGCUCUCAGCCACGACCUGGCUAUUUCAAACAGUUUCAGAAAUCACUGCCACCACGGUUUCAGCGGCAGCAGGAGCAGAUGAAACAGCAGCAGUGGCAGCAGCAGCAGCAGCAGCAGCAGCAGCAGGGCGUACUUCCCCAGACUGUGCCUUCACAGCCAUCUAAUGGUUCAGUCCCUCCUCCACCGCACAGACCCCUUUACCAGCCAAUGCAACCCCACCCUCAACAUCUGGCUUCUAUGGGUUUUGACCCAAGGUGGCUCAUGAUGCAGUCCUAUAUGGAUCCUCGAAUGAUAUCAGGAAGGCCUGCUAUGGACAUUCCACCCAUUCAUCCUGGAAUGAUUCCUCCAAAGCCAUUAAUCAGAAGAGACCAGAUGGAAGGGUCACCUAAUACCUCUGAGUCAUUUGAGCAUAUAGCUCGAUCUGCAAGAGAUCAUGGAAUUUCGAUUUCUGAACCUCGAAUGAUGUGGGGGUCAGAUCCCUAUCAUGCUGAGUUUCCGGACCAAGGAUACAGAGGCCGAGGUAGAGGCGAGUAUUACUCCAGAGGUCGAAGCUAUAGAGGCUCUUAUGGGGGUCGUGGCAGAGGUGGUAGAGGGCACACACGUGAUUAUCCUCAGUAUAGAGACAAUAAGCCAAGAACAGAACAUGUGCCUUCAGGACCUCUCAGACAACGAGAAGAAAGUGAAACACGAAGUGAGAGUUCUGAUUUUGAGGUUGUUCCUAAAAGAAGGCGACAGAGGGGUUCGGAGACUGACACAGACAGUGAAAUUCAUGAAAGUGCAAGUGACAAGGAUAGUUUAAGCAAAGGGAAACUUCCCAAAAGAGAGGAACGGUCUGAAAACAAAAAGCCCGUCAAGCCCCAGUCUUCUUUUAAAUCUGAAAACCAUGUCCGAAUAGAUAAUAGGCCAUUCGAGAAACCUUACAUAAGAGAUGAGGAUAAAUCUAAGCCAGGUUUCCUUCCCAAAGGGGAGCCUACAAGGCGGGGCAGAGGAGGAACAUUCAGACGAGGUGGAAGAGAUCCUGGAGGCCGGCCAUCUCGUCCUGCUACCUUAAGAAGGCCUGCUUAUCGAGACAAUCAGUGGAACACAAGGCAGGCAGAACCUCCUAAACCUGAAGAUGGAGAGCCACCAAGAAGACAUGAGCAGUUUAUGCCUAUACCUGCAGAUAAACGACCUCCAAAAUUUGAGCGAAAAUUUGACCCAGCUAGAGAGAGGCCCCGAAGGCAGCGUCCUACCCGACCACCAAGGCAAGAUAAGCCUCCUCGAUUUAGACGGCUAAGAGAGAGAGAGGCUGCUUCAAAGACAAAUGAGGUGUUGGUACCCACAAAUGGCACAGUUAAUAAUGCUGUUCAAGAACCAGUUAAUCCACCUGCAGACAUUUCUGGAAAUAAGACACCAGAUUUGUCUAAUCAGAACUCUUCAGAUCAGGCAAAUGAAGAGUGGGAAACAGCCUCUGAAAGCAGUGAUUUUAAUGAAAGGCGAGAGAGGGACGAGAAAAAAAAUGCUGAUAUGAGUUCACAAGCAGUUGUAAAGGCUGGAGAAAGUGUUUUGCCUCCAAAAAGAGAAAUAGCAAAGAGAAGUUUUUCUAGUCAGAGACCUGGAGUUGAUCGCCAGAAUCGUCGUGGCAACAAUGGCCCACCCAAAUCAGGAAGGAAUUUUUCAGGUCCUAGAAAUGAAAGAAGAAAUGGCCCACCGUCAAAAAGUGGGAAGAGAGGGCCAUUUGAUGACCAGGCCUCAGGCACAGCUGGUGUUGACCCUGUCAGUGGUAACAAUGCCCACCACCAAGAAGGUAUACCUAAUGGUGCAGGACAGAAGAAUGCCAAGGAUGCUGCUGGGAAAAAGAGAGAAGAUACCAAACCGGGUCCUAAGAAACCAAAAGAGAAAGUAGAUGCUCUGUCCCAGUUUGAUCUCAACAAUUAUGCAAGUGUUGUUAUCAUUGAUGAUCAUCCAGAAGUAACUGUAAUUGAAGAUCCCCAGUCAAAUUUGAAUGAUGAUGGCUUUACUGAAGUUGUAUCUAAAAAACAGCAAAAGCGGUUACAGGAUGAGGAACGCCGGAAGAAGGAAGAACAAGUCGUACAGGUAUGGAGCAAAAAAAAUAUAGGUGAAAAGGGAAGAAAUCAGACUUCUAAGCUUCCUCCAAGGUUUGCCAAAAAACAAGCUACUGGGACUCAGCAAGUGCAAGCUCCACCCUCUGUGCCAGUUCCAGUCUCUUCCUCAGCUCCAGUCCUGACAUCCACAGCAACUACAGUUCCUGCCUCCACCCCAGCUCCAGUCCCCAUUCUGCCAUCCGCCACCACUCUAGUUGCAGUGUCAACCCCAGCUCCAGUUCCAGCCUCAGCCUCAGCUCCUGUUGCAGCAUCCACUUCAUCUCCAGUCACAGUCUCUUCCUCAUCCCAACCGUCAGUUCCAGCUCCAACUCCUAUCCUGGCCUCAGCCUCAACUUCAGUCUCUGUCCCUAUUCUCACCUCAGCUUCAAUUCCUAUCCUUGCUUCAGCUCUAGCACCAGCUUCAGUUUCUUCUCCAGCCCCAGUAGUCUCAGCUACAGCUGUGCCAUCUAUUUCAACACCAGCUGUCCCGGCCACACCCCCAACAGCUUCAGUUCCACUUGCCCCAGCCUCAGCUGCUUCUACUGCCCCACCCCCGGCAUCGACAGUACAGACGCAGACGCAGACCCACAAACCAGUCCAAAGUCCACUUCCACCCUCAACACCAUCUUCAAAGCAGCCGCCACCUUCGAUUAGAUUACCGUCAGCUCAGACAUCUAAUGGCACAGAUUAUGUAGCCUCUGGGAAGUCCAUGCCCACUUCACAGUCACAUGGCUCUCUAACAACAGCUGAGUUAUGGGAUAACAAAGUGGCUGCUCCAGCUGUGCUGAGUGAUAUUUCUAAAAAAUUAGGUCCUAUUAGUCCACCACAGCCACCUUCAGUCAGUGCAUGGAAUAAGCCCUUAACAUCAUUUGGAUCAGCAACUUCAUCAGAGGGAACAAGAAAUGGUCAAGAGAGUGGUGUUGAAAUUGGAAUUGACACAAUUCAGUUUGGUGCUCCAGCCUCAAACGGGAAUGAAAAUGAGGUGGUUCCUGUGCUUUCAGAGAAACCAACUGAUAAAGUUCCUGAACCUAAAGAGCAGCGUCAGAAACAGCCUCGGGCAGGGCCCAUUAAAGCUCAGAAGCUUCCAGACUUGAGUUUGGUAGAAAACAAAGAACAUAAACCUGGUCCCAUUGGAAAGGAACGAUCAUUAAAAAACAGAAAAGUGAAAGAUGCCCAACAGGUUGAGCCAGAAGGACAAGAGAAACCAAGCACAGCUGUGGUCAGAAGCACAGAUCCUGGUACAGCGAAAGAAACCAAAGCAGUCUCCGAAAUGUCUGCUGAGAUAGGAGCAAUGAUCUCGGUGUCAUCCCCAGAAUAUGGCACUGAUGCAAAGGAGUCUGUAACAGACUACACUACACCUUCCUCUUCUCUGCCUAGCACUGUGACUACUAACAAUGUCAAGAUGGAGGACUCUUUGGUUAAUAAUGUGCCCCUGCCCAACACCCUUCCCCUCCCUAAGAGGGAGACUAUACAACAAAGCUCCAGCCUAACUUCAGUUCCUCCCACUACUUUCAGCCUCACCUUCAAGAUGGAGUCUGCACGGAAGGCAUGGGAAAAUUCUCCAAAUCUAAGGGAAAAGGGGUCCCCAGUAACUUCUGCAGCACCUCCAAUUGUGAGUGGAGUCAGCAGCAGUGCCAGUGGACCAAGCACCGCUAAUUACAGCUCAUUUUCCAGUGCAUCCAUGCCGCAGAUCCCAGUUGCGUCAGUCACUCCUACAGCAUCACUAUCAGGAGCUGGUACUUACACUACCUCUUCGCUGAGUACAAAAUCUACAACCACAUCGGACCCUCCUAAUAUUUGUAAAGUAAAACCCCAACAAUUACAAACCAGCAGCCUACCUUCUGCAAGUCAUUUUUCACAGUUAAGCUGUAUGCCUUCCCUUAUUGCACAGCAGCAGCAGAGUCCACAAGUUUAUGUGUCUCAGUCCGCAGCAGCUCAAAUCCCAGCCUUCUAUAUGGAUACAAGUCAUUUAUUCAAUACCCAGCAUGCACGAUUGGCUCCACCAUCCCUGGCUCAGCAGCAGGGCUUCCAACCUGGUCUCUCACAGCCAACAUCGGUUCAGCAGAUUCCAAUCCCUAUCUAUGCCCCACUGCAAGGGCAGCAUCAAGCCCAACUGAGUUUGGGGGCUGGGCCUGCUGUUUCCCAGGCUCAGGAAUUAUUCAGUUCUUCAAUUCAACCAUAUAGAUCGCAGCCAGCCUUUAUGCAAAGCAGUCUUUCCCAGCCUUCCGUGGUCCUCUCUGGUACAGCUAUCCACAACUUCCCAGCUGUCCAGCACCAGGAACUUGCCAAGGCACAGUCAGGUCUUGCCUUUCAGCAGACUUCAAAUACUCAGCCCAUCCCCAUACUGUACGAGCAUCAGCUGGGACAGGCAUCAGGACUAGGAAGUUCUCAGCUGAUUGAUACACAUCUUCUUCAGGCAAGAGCAAAUCUUACUCAGGCCUCCAAUCUUUACUCUGGACAAGUACAGCAGCCUGGCCAGACAAACUUUUAUAACACUGCCCAGUCACCAAGUGCUCUCCAGCAGGUUACAGUACCUUUACCAGCAUCCCAGCUUUCCUUGACUAAUUUUGGAUCUACUGGACAACCUCUGAUUGCUUUGCCUCAGACUCUUCAGCCCCAGUUACAGCACACAACCCCACAAGCCCAGGCUCAGAGCUUGAGCCGUCCUGCCCAAGUAAGCCAGCCUUUCAGAGGAUUGAUCCCUGCUGGGACUCAGCAUAGCAUGAUGGCAACCACAGGGAAAAUGUCUGAAAUGGAACUAAAAGCCUUUGGGAGUGGCAUUGAUAUCAAACCAGGAACACCUCCAAUUGGUGGUCGAAGCACCACGCCAACAUCUAGUCCAUUCAGGGCUACAUCAACAAGUCCAAACAGCCAGUCUAGCAAAAUGAACAGCAUUGUGUAUCAGAAACAAUUCCAGUCAGCCCCUGCCACAGUGAGAAUGGCACAGCCGUUUCCUGCACAGUUUGCACCCCAGAUUCUCUCUCAGCCUAACCUGGUCCCUCCAUUGGUAAGAGCCCCACAUACUAACACCUUCCCAGCGCCUGUACAGAGGCCACCAAUGGCAUUGGCCAGUCAGAUGCCUCCUCCGCUGACCACAGGCCUCAUGAGCCAUGCUCGUUUGCCACAUGUAGCCAGGGGUCCUUGUGGAUCACUAUCUGGAGUCAGAGGUAAUCAGGCCCAGGCUGCGUUGAAGGCUGAACAAGAUAUGAAGGCAAAGCAGAGAGCAGAGGUUCUUCAGUCCACGCAGCGGUUCUUCUCUGAACAGCAACAGAGCAAACAGAUAGGAGGCAAACCCCCAGAUGGGAUGUUAGCUACUCCUUGUGCAUCUACUGGAGGAAAGGGAAACCCAGCCCAGACCAUAUACUGCAAAGCUACGUAUGACUAG